CAUCCUUUCAAAAUUUGGAUUGUUUAAAAUGAUUUUAAAAAGGAGGAAGUAUGAGAUCCAAAAAUGUGAAAGACAAACACACACACAGGUUAAUUUUUUUGGUUACUGUAAAGAGUUUGAGACAAACAGAGCCGCACCUUUCAUAAGCAGCACCUGUAACUAGAGAUGCUGGGAUAACUGUGAAGGGUUGGCUUUAACUUUGUCUGAUUUCUCCUCCCUUUUCCUCUUCAUUCUUUUCCACACAAACCAGGCGGCGAUGAGGUGUCACUGCAUUACCAUACAAUGCUGGGGAUGUUUUUCUGUUUUACGUAAUCUGGGAUAGAGAAAGCAGGUACUUAUAGUCUCACAAGGUUACGGCGAUGAAAGACAUUGUGCCACUUCAGUCGGAUGAACUUCUUCUUCUUUUAUCCAUCCAAAUUUUAACUCUUGACUGUUGGAUCAGUGUCCUGUGAGCUACAAGACAUCUGAACUCAAAGGACUGUUUGCUUUAAACUCAUUUUUGAGGGAACUUUUAUCUUGCCCGUGAAGAAACUCCUUUUCAUCAGAGAUUAAUUCUGCCAUGCAAGGUCAGCGUGGUUCAGGCGGUGUGCGCAGACGCUGGAGAUCUGCUGUCUGGAUUCUUGCCUGUCUAUUAGCAUCACUCCUGCUGUUGACCGUCACCACCGUCAUUCAGUUUGGAGAUCUCAAGGUUACACGAAGAUCAACAGCUGUUUCCAAUAAUGCAACACCUCCAAUGCCAAUGCAGCCGCAAGCUACAGUACGGCUGAUGAAUGGCAGAGAUCAGUGUGAAGGUCGUAUUGAAAUCCUUCACAACGGCUCGUGGGGAACGGUGUGUGAUGAUGACUGGGACAUGGUGGAUGCUAACGUGGUUUGCCGGCAGCUGGGUUGCGGUUUAGCCGUGGCCGUGGGGAGCAGCUCCAGGUUCGGUCAGGGUUCCGGCCCCAUCCUGCUGGACAACGUGGACUGUAAAGGAGGAGAAAUGGAUCUGAGCCAAUGUGGAAAUCAAGGAUGGGGAAUUCACAACUGCUAUCACUAUGAGGACGUGGCCGUCUCCUGCAGAGACAGUAAUGUAAUGGAACCUCGAUUAGGUUUUGAGACCACAACGUCAAGUCCAGUCCCUGGAAUAAGAGACGGUACUAUACGUCUGUCUGGAGGUUCUGAUCAGUGCCAGGGGAGGGUGGAGAUCUACUAUCAGGGGAACUGGGGAACCGUCUGCGAUGAUGACUGGAGCAGUAAAGACGCGGACGUCGUGUGUCAUCAAAUCGGCUGCGGACAAGCGAACACCGCUACGACCAAUGCCUAUUUUGGCUAUGGCACGGGACUGAUUUUACUGGAUAACGUGAACUGUAAUGGGCAGGAGAGUAACCUGGCCACCUGUUACAGCCUCGGCUGGGGGAUUCAUAACUGUGGACAUCAUGAGGAUGCAGGUGUCAUCUGCUCAGGUUCAAGUUCUACCACGGUCCCGUCUAUCAACACAGAGACUGCAGGCCGAGGAUUUAUAGCGAGCACAGCAGGGACUGGAAUGCCCGUUUCAAUAACUGAGAUGACCUCCACCACAGUCACUACAGCCAUAACAACAAAAGCGAAUUCCGGCGUCCGGUUGGUGAACGGCAACGACAACUGUCAGGGACGAAUAGAGGUUCUCUACUUCACCAUCUGGGGAACGGUUUGUGAUGAUGACUGGGACAUGGAUGACGCUCUGGUGGUCUGCAGACAGCUGGGGUGCGGGCCUCCUAUCGCAGCCAAACCUCUGGCUUACUUCGGCUACGGCUCAGGUCCCAUACUGCUGGAUAACGUCGACUGCCAGGGCAAUGAAGAGAAGCUGACAGACUGUUUCAAUCUGGGCUGGGGACAACACAACUGUGGACAUUACGAAGACGCUGGAGUUAUCUGUGCACCCCCUCUGGAUUUUAUGGGGACUGGGGGAAUGGCAAGAGACUUUGGGAUAGGGGUGACAUCGAAGAUCACCACAACUCCAGCACCAACAACAACACCAGCAGAAGGUACCAUGAGGCUCGUGGGGGGUGGGCAUCACUGUGAGGGUCGUGUGGAGAUGUACCUGAGAGGAGAAUGGGGUACGGUGUGCGAUGACGCCUGGGAUCUUCUGGAUGCUAAGGUGGUGUGUAGACAGAUGAGGUGCGGGCUGCCCAGAGAAGCUCAAGGGUCGGCCUACUUUGGGCCCGGUAGCGGCACGAUAGUCAUGGAUAACCUGAAAUGCAUCGGCACGGAAGCCAAUCUUGUUCAGUGCUCUCACAUAGCGUGGAACGUCCACAACUGUGACCACUCAGAAGAUGCCAGUGUCACAUGUGUACUCUUAUGACUCCACCCACCACAGGCCACGCCCACCCUUCUGGUCCUGAGCGGACUCGUCGGGUUUAGACUACGGGACUUGUACACACUUUGUAAAUAACAGCUCACACCAAUACCCAAGAAUAGAUUUUAUGUUCGUAGAAAUAUUUACAGGGUGUGAAAUAAAACCAAAUAAAUUAUGCUAGCGACUGUUAUAUAAAUAAAUGCACUUUAUAAACUAUAUGAAGAUGUACACAUAAUGUAGGUAUAUAAAUAUACUGAACACAUUUUAAGCUGUUACAGUGAAAAACUGAGUUUUUUCUUAAGGUAUAAAAUGUUUCACAGGCGUUUCACUUUGACAGAGGACUGCAAAGCACACGCAAGCUGGCAAUAGCUUUUAUCAACAGUCAUCUUUUAUAACAAUGAAGUAGUUUUAUCUGAAAAAUGAAAAAUCUAUCUUACUGGAAAAUGUAUUUAACAUUAAUUCAACCCAAAGCAAUCUUUUGUCUUAAUUGGUAAAAAAAUCUUCUCAGGUAAAAGUUUAUUUUGAAUAGUCUUGCUUAAAAUAAAUACCACCAGCACAUUUUCCACAAAUCAUGUUAAAACACAAACCAGCCUCAAUGUCAAUGUUUUUUUUUUUCUUUCUUCC